ACUCCCGGGCAAUCUGCCGUUGAUUAUGAUCCCUGGAUAGACAAUAUAAUCUUGCCAAGGAAAUUUGCUCCGUAUUGAAGUCCAAAAUGGCUAUGGUGAUACAAACAAGACUAGUAUUCAUUCUCUGGAGCCUCUGUGCAAUGUAUGGGUGCUUCGCAGAUGUGGGCACAGCGGCAUCUUAUUCUCCUCCUUACGUUCCGACAGAAUGUUAUGGAAAUGAUCAAGGGCAGUUUCCAGCGGGAAAUCUGUUUGCGGCAGCAAGUGAUGCAAUCUGGGACAAUGGUGCAGCCUGUGGGAGGCAGUACAGUGUGAGGUGCCUGAGUGGAACAAAUCAAAAGUCACAAAACCCAUGCUUAAAUAAUACGGAUUCCAUUGUGGUGAAGAUAGUGGAUUACUGUUCUUCUGACUGCCAGGGAACACUGGAACUUUCUGCUGAUGCCUUCAGGGAUAUUGCUGAUUCCGCUGCAGGCACAAUCAAUAUUGAAUAUGAUCAAGUAUAACAGCAUGAACCUGAUUGGGAGCUUAAGAGUACUUUUGAUUGUAGUAUUAAGGUUUAUAUAUUGGAAUAAAAGUCUUUAGAAUAAUAAAUAACUAAUUAAAAUUUAGUCAAUGCAAGGUAGUUUAAGCAGUAAUGAGAAAAAAUAUGCCAAUGUAAUGUUCUAUAAGCAUUUAAUAAUAUUAUUAUUAUUUAUGUUUAUUAUUCUACAAUGUAGAUGUUCUUCAUUUUUCUAAUAUGGAUUCUCUCAUGGAUUCUUCUUUUCA